AUGAUCCUCUCUAGGGCCUCUCUUUUGAUACAGCUCUCCAGCUUACUAGCUGCCACAUGUGCUGCAACAGUUGUUCAAUGGGGCACCUGUACUGAUAAUUUUGGCAGCUUAUUGCCUGUCGAUUGCGGCACACUCCUUGUCCCACUUGACUAUACAGUGACUUCAAAUGAGACUUAUACACUAGAUCUUUUGCGGGUUCCUGCCAUAGUGCAGCCCGCAAAGGGAAGUAUCGUGCUCAACUUUGGUGGUCCAGGGGAGAUAGGACGAGCGACGUUGGCUGGUUAUGCAACUCUGUUACAAGCAUUAUCCGGUGGUGUAUAUAAUCUCAUUUCGUUUGAUCCACGUGGUACUUCCACCAGCAAUAUGCCAUUCACUUGCUACGACAGCGAAUACGAAUUGGAAAAGUUUGCAGAUGCUCAGACAGCGCCUGAUGCAAAUGAUACCGCGGCUUUGGGACAACUUUGGGCUCGAGGCACGAUUGACGCAAAUACAUGUGCUCAGAAGCACAACGUGACAGGCACUCUGAUCGGUACUGCCUUUACUGCAAGAGACGUGAUGAGUAUUGCGGAAUCUGUCGGAGAAGAUGGUUUAUUGAGAUACUGGGGUUUUUCAUAUGGUACUACCUUGGGAGCCACGCUAGUUGCCAUGUUCCCGGACAAGGUUGACAAGGUGAUCUUGGAUGGAGUGCAAAAUCCACAUCAGUAUUAUCACUCAUAUGCCGAUUUCGAAGAGUGGGAGCUAGCAGACCAGUCAUUUUCGGGAAUGUUCAAUAGCUGUGUUGCAACUCCGAAUGUAUGUUCACUCGCAAAGAGCAACCCCAACGCAACAGCCGCCGACCUCGAGCAAAGUUUCUAUGACCUCGUCGCUACUCUUUAUCAGAGGCCCGUCGCGGUAGGCGAUCUCACGGUGGAUAGCAGCACCCUGUACCUGCUCGCCGUAAACAGUCUUUACGCAACCACAAGUUGGGAAAACACCACCCUAAUAUUCGACAUGCUCAUGACUGGGAAUAUUGAUGAAAUCGCUUUCCUUGAAUUCGUGGGAACUGUUCUCCCCAUUGACAACACUACUUUACUUACGAUAGGAACAUAUGACAAGUUUCUUCCAGCGGUCUAUGAGCUUUCCAAUACAAGCAGAAUAGCAGGUCGUGGUGAUAUGUCUCUUUCUAUGGCUUGUGCGCAGUGGAAGCUAGAUGCCAAAGAGCGUUACGAAGGUGAUUUCCAAGUCAGCCCGAAGAAUCCAGUACUUCUUAUUGCCAAUACCUACGACGGACAUACGCCAAUACAAUCUGCACAGAAUGUCAGUGCUGGGUUUGAGGGUAGUGUCGUUCUCGAAGUUAAUGGAUAUGGUCAUACUUCCCUUGUCCUCCCCUCAUUAUGCAGUUUGCAAACCACUGCAAAUUACUGGGUGAAUGGUACUUUGCCGGAGCCAGGAACAGUGUGCGAAGUCGAUGCCCCUCCGUUCUCCAACAUCACCUGGGCAAAUGUACUCGAGGAGAUUUCUUAG